AUGGCCGAGUACUUCGAAAAGGUUGGCGGCGAGAAGACGGUGCUUAUGGCAUACCUGGAGGAGACGCUACAGCUUGUCAAGGACAUCUUUCAGCCUGUGAAUGCUAUCUGCUUUGAUUGGAGGUUUCGUCGUCGAGAUCCUACAGUCAGCGGCCGGAUCCCACCGCGUGCACUCGAAGAUAUUCGCAGUUUUGCUCUCCCUACAGGUGAUGUGGUUCAUUGCGACUACUCUGCGUCAGGUGGGCUUGAUCGUUUGAAGGUUCAGCUUCUGGAGAACGAGCUUCAAGAAUUCCGGCUGAGAAAACAGAAGGCGAUGAUUAUCAAUGUAUGGCGUCCUCUGAACGACAGUGUCAAGAACACGCCUCUUCUCUUCUGUGAUCGCCGAUCCGUCCCAAAGAAGGACCUGAUUGAGGUCCACAAGGUGCGGUCAGACAAAGUAGAGAAGUCAUAUUUCCUAUUCCAUCGUGAUUACCAUCGAUGGUACUACUUGUCUGGCCAGCGAAAGGAAGAGGUCGCCAUUUUCCCUACUUGGCAGUCUGAUUCCAGGGAUGACUUUGCUGGUAAGCGACUGUUUGCAACCGCGAUAAUAUGGUAUUUCUCAGUGGAGUCUCUUUAA